AUGAGCACACGAGCCAUACAUUUGGAACUAGUUCCCGACUUGACCACUCCCGCCUUUCUUAAUGCUCUAAAGCGGUUCAUAGCGAGGCGAGGCAAGUGUGCGAACAUUUAUUCGGAUAAUGGUAGCAACUUUAAGGGUGCGAAUCACGAGUUACGCGCGUUAUACGAGUUAGUGUCGCAACAAUCUCAUAUAUCGGCGAUCGAUCAUUACUGCUCUGAACAAGCCAUACAAUGGCACUUUAUUCCGCCGUAUUCCCCUCACAUGGGUGGCUUAUGGGAAGCGGGUAUUAAAUCUGUCAAAACGCAUUUGCGCAAAAUUUUAAGCGAGGCGUUGGUAACUUACGAAGAAAUGUACACCGUGUGCACUCAGGUUGAAGCCGUGCUUAACUCCCGUCCAUUAACGCCGAUCUCUAAUGACCCCACCGAUCUCACUGCCUUGACUCCUGGUCAUUUCUUAAUCGGUGAGGCACUCACAAGCAUUCCGGAGCCAAAUUGGUCUGAGGUGCCAUCCAAUCGACUUACUCGGUUUCAAUACGUUGCAAAAUUGACCCAACAUUUUUGGUCAAGAUGGUCGAAUGAGUAUUUAUCGAACCUUCAGCAGAGGUGCAAAUGGAAUCGCGAGGAUCGAGCGUCGAAGAUUGAGAUUGGAGCGAUGGUUGUCUUACGCGACGAGCAAGCGCCACCCAUGCGUUGGGCGUUAGGGAGGAUAGUGGAAUGCCACUCCGGUCAUGACGGAAUAACGCAAGUUGUCAGUGUAAAGACUUCUAAGGGAGUCACGAAACGCGCUCUGUCGAAGAUAUGUUUGUUACCCAUCAAGGUCUAA